CAUAGUGAAUAAAACCGCAAGCUUUGUUCAUUCAAAAUGGCACGUAAUUUGUUGGUAGUAUUUCUCGUCGCUUGCCUGAAUUUGGCCUUAGGCAGCCCUGCAAUUGAUGGAAGAAUUGCUGGUGGCUACGAAGCCCGUGAUGGCCAGUUCCCCUACCAAGCUGCUAUUUACAUCGAUUCUUCUGAAGCAGUUGAACGGGAAACAGACGCAUUUUGCAGUGGUUCUCUCAUUUCUGAAAACUACAUACUCACCUCAGCUCGCUGUCUAUCUAAAGCAGAAAAGGUAACGGUAGUUCUCGGUGGCCCACGACUAGACGAGCUUGAACCAAAUCAGGUGAAGGUAGAAUCCUCUGAAUUCAUCAUUCCUGAGGGCUACAAAUCUGGUGCAUACGAAUGGGAUCUUGGACUUAUAAAACUUAGCGAACCCGUGGAAUUCGCUGACAAUAUACAACCAGUAAAACUAGCUGAGGGAGACGAUAAUUAUGCUGGAGACGUAGCAACUGUGUCUGGAUGGGGCGCUACAUAUCAAGCUCAGUACUUCCUUGAACCAGUUUUGAGAUGGAUAGAAUCCGUAAUAAUAUCCUAUCGCGAGUGUAUUAAAGAGAAUACACCGUACAAACAAAUGAUUGUAGAAGGAAGUAACAUUUGUCAAUUGGCUGAGGCUAACAGCGCUUGCCAUGGGGAUGCUGGUGCCCCCUUGACCCUGGAUGGCGUACAAAUUGGUCUAGUUUUGUUCACCCAAUAUAACUGCUUCCAAGGACACCCCGUCGUUUAUACCAGAGUAGCCACUUAUAUUGACUGGAUCAAAGGAAACUCAGAUAUUUAGAAAUAAUAUAUGACUAUAAAUUGCUGUUAAAUGAAUAGCUUAAAGCAAGACUUACAUAUAUGCAUACAUUUUUAUGUUACAAUAUCUAAAUAAAACCUAUUAUUAUUA